AUGGAUGCGGGGCGGGACGAACUCGCGGCCGUUGAGAGCACCGUCGAACAAGUCUUUGGCAACAAGCCCGCUGAGUUGGUAGAGAGUGAGCCCUUUGUCCAAAUUCUUGAGGACUUGAAAGACUCGAUUAUUGCUAUAAAAUUUGUACAGGAGGAACACUAUCGCCCUAUUGCUGGCCUCUCAGAUCAACUCCGUGAUCUUGAACUUAUUCAGAAGCUGGCUGAGGAACAGUCCCAGUCCCAUGCUCUAGAGCCUUCGGGCCGCGAAUUUUUACAGGUUGAAGAGACAGAAUGGAGCGUUGGCAAGCAGUACGACGUCGGAGACCGUGUGCGCCACAUAGGCAUCAUUUACAAGUGCAAAAAAUGGCAUUUAUCCCAGUCUGACUUGGAACCUCAGCUUGCUCCGGAAUUUUGGGAGCCCGUAAUGCCGGAAGUAACCAAAAUUGAUAUCCCACUUUAUCGAAAGCGCACACUUCUACUGCCACUGGAGAUGGACCUAAAACCACUCGUUUCCUCACCAGCUGAAAAGAGAUGCGAAGGAGGCAGGGACAUGUGCCAAGAUGAAAAAGAGGCCGAGAAACUCCUGACCGAACAUACGGAUCUAAAAUCCGCGAUUGCAGAGUUGUUGAAGCUGAGCCCAGAAAGCUUUGAGGCGGAGGGUCCGAAAGGUGCAGAGGGCGCUGAUGUCGACCCCAAGUUCACUAGAAACACCAUUGUUGGAGAUCAAUUAGAGUACAGAAAAUCGUUACGAACGAUUGCUCUUGUUCGAGCUAACGCUGUUGGAUCUACGUCUCCCGACCCAAGCAGUGUACGUCUAGCUGCUAACAGCCCGACGCCGACAACCCCCACAACACCUACGAAUCCUGUACCCCCUGUCAACACAGAACCAAUUGGAGCAUUCAACCUCGCUAAGGAGCUUUUGAGUGGCGAGGGAAUGCUUGGUCCUCUGAGUGCAUUUAAAGCGUCGCCAACAGCCGAAAGGACACCGCGCCUGAAGACAGAUGCAUCGCAAAAACUGAGUGACACCACAAAAAAAGUGUUGAAAGAACAGGGGAUAGAUAUCGCUACAAGCUCCGACCUCAUUCCUGCUGCUGAAAAUGUCUCUUAUACUCGUAUUGGCUCCGCUAUAAUUAGUGCCAAGACCCCGGUGCUUUCUCGAGCCACAGGUCUGCUCUAUGGUUAUGAUAUCCCAAAGGACAUCCCGGCUUUACCAGCCCUACCCCAGGAUGGAAGAGUUCCACACACCAAAGGCAAAGCCACUCCGUCUGGCAUUGCAGACCUCCUAGUUGUGAAACAGACGUUGAAAAGUUACCAGGCAGCUGAUAUCGCCCAUGUUGAGAAUGUACUAAAGGGAGAGAACAAGAACCGGACGCACAAGAAAACCACCAGAACAGAGAGCAUGAUAAACUUCGAAACCGAGACGAACAGCACCGACGAUCAUGAGCUGUCCUCUACUUCUCGCUUUGAAAUGAGCAAGGAGACUAACAAUACGCUUAAGGAAGCUCAAAACCUGAAGGCCGAGCUUAAGGUCUCUGCCAAGUACGGCCCGGCGGUGACAAUUAAUGCUAGUGUUGAGGGGAGCAUGAGCCGCAAUAAGGAGGAGGCCAAUAAAGCAGCAUCGAAAUUCGCCCAGGACACCACAGAGCGCACAGCCAAGAAGGUCACCGAGCGGGUGUUGGAGAGGCAAACCACUACUAACGUUUUACUCUCGGCGUACAAGCAACGACUGCAGGACUAUGAGGAGAAGAUUGCUAAGUUGAAGAUCAAUGACGGGAUCACCAUUCAGGGGACAAACCCAACAGCCAACUUGAAUACCAUUAAGACAGAACUCAAGAAACAUUGCAUCUCGAUUCUCACCGGACAACACUUCGAGCUCUUUAACUCCCUUGACCGGGAUCUACAAGGUCGCUGGCCGGAGAUCGAUUUUUCCGAGACCGAAGCUGAGGGAACAUAUGUCCGUUUCUUCGAACAGGCCUUUGAGUGGGAUCAGUUGAUGUUUACCACUUACCCAUACUUUUGGGGUUCUCGGGAUUACUGGGUUACGAAGCUUGCCAUAAAUGACACUGAUCCAGUGUUCGACGAGUUCUUGAAGAGUGGUUUCGCCCGCGUCGUUGCCCCGGUGCGUCCUGGGUUCGAGGGUGCUGUUGACCAUUUCCUGCGCUUUGGUGUCCCCUGGAACGGGGGCCCGCUUCCACUUGUCACUAGUCAAGCAUAUAUCGCAAUUGCCGACGAACUUGCGGAACUUAAGGGGAAGCCUGAAGGCGAAACAGCACAGGGCGAACCCUGGGAAAUUACACUGCCAACUACACUCUUAAAGUUGAGGGGCGACGAUAUGCUGCCUACUUGGACCAAGGUAAAUGGAAAGUGGGUACCCGAUGUUUAA